AUGGGCCCCUGUACCGCCUCCUCAUGCUGCUGCCAGGCCCGUAAUCUGCCAUGGGCCCCCGUACCGACUCCUCAUGCUGCUGCCAGGCCCGUAAUCUGUCAUGGGCCCCUGUACCGCCUCCUCAUGCUGCUGCCAGGUCCAGAGUGUGUCAUGGGUCCCUGUACGGCCUCCCAUUGCUGCUGUCUCCAUUGCCACACUCUGCCAUGUGCCACUUUCAGGUCUCCUCACACUGCUGGUGGGUUCCACUUUUUCAUAGGGUGCUGUAUGGCCUCCCAUUGCUGCUGCCUCCACCGCCACACUGUGGCUCCACACUCUGGUUUUGGCCCCGUGACUGCCCAAAUGAGUGAAGUGUGCGGUGAUUCUAAGAUCGACGGCACUCAUCUGCAUGUCAUACUGACUGACAGUAUUAUUUCUCUUCCCCAGCAGACUCCAAGGGCAUUUAAAUUAAAGGUACAGUGUUCUGCACUAAUAUAA